AUGGCAUCAGGCACAGCAGGCCUAGCAGCCUACCUCAACGCGAAAUAUCAUAUUGCUCAUGACCUUACGCGUAAACGCGGUGCUCUCUCGCCGACACAAGAUGUCCUCGACUUCAUCACCGACCGUGCAACUCGCAAACGUGCUCUCACGUACCACGCUUUCGAAGACCAGGUCCGCAACCAGCCGAAACAUCCAUUCCUCAUCUUCGAAGGCAAAACCUGGUCAUACAAGGAGUUCUUUGAUGCAUUCACCAGGGUGGGGAAUUGGUUGAUAGAGGACCUGGGCAUACAAGCUGACGAGGUGGUUGCUGUGGAUGGCGGGAACAGCCCGGAGUAUCUGAUGCUCUGGUUUGCUCUCGAUGGGAUUGGAGCUGUUCCGAGCUUCGUCAACUGGAACCUCACUGGGACAGGAUUGGUGCAUUGCGCAAGAGUAAGCGUUCCUGGAACUAAGCGGGUAGACCCUGGCUGA